AAUUGUUCCCAGUUUCCUCCCAAAAAAUUUAAAAAAGAAAGAUCAAGGAUUAACUUAUAACGUUCACUUCUUCAAUUUUCCGUUGUUUUCUUCUCCCACCCAUUGGUUUCCAAGAACUAAAAAUCUAACAAUGCAGAAGAGCCUUCAAUUCAAAUCCCAAUUUCUUCACUUCAGAAACAAUAUUUUCUUAAACCCAUUUAUUGAAACGAGCAUUUCUCUUCAAAGUUUCAAUUGUUCAUCGAAAUCUCCCAUUUUUACCGCUUCUCCUUUGCUUUCACGCAAAACCCAGAUCCAAAAACCUAUUAUUUGUGCAAGGAAAGGCAAAAGCAGACAUGGUUCUGCAAGAUCAACUAAGUUCGUGCUUGAAUUGAUCUCAAUUCUGGCUUCAAAUCUCAAGAUCUUACCACAACCGUUGGAUCUGAUCGUUCAAAAUUUGGUCAGUGGAGAUGGAAGAGAGCUCGCGUUUUUGAAUGGCUUUAAAGGAAUAGGGUUUAAUGGAUGGAGAAGACCAACAACAAAAAGAAGAAAUGGGAAGAAAAUUUUAGGAUUCUUAGCUUUUUUAGGGUCUUGUUUUAUGUGUUUGUUGUUUGGAAAAGAAUUAAGAAGUGAAUUACUUUUUGGGGUUAUUGGGUUUAUUUUUUUUGUGUUUGCUUUGAUUAAGGAGUGGAGAAGAGGGCAUAAAAAUUGGGUUUUUGGGUUUUGUUGUGUUGGGAUUUUUGUAGGAUUAGGGUUAAGGAAAAACGAAGCAAUGAAAUGGAUUAAAGACAUUAGGGUUUCUUCUUCUUCUUCUUCUUCUUCUUCUUCUUCUUAUUCUUCGAUUGAGAUCGUAAGGAGAGGGAAAAGAAGAGGUAGAUGGGCAUUGUGAGAGUAAAGGCGAUCAUUAAUUCCAGAAUUGUUCAAUUGAGUUUAGCAAAAUUUGUUAUUCUACAUUUAUUUGUUUGGGAUUAUUGCUUUUAUGCCCCUUUGAUUAUGGUUGCACUGCAUGCAAGUCCUCAGCUCUUUGAUUGGAACUAACAUUCAACUAUACAUUGUAAAAUGAUAAGCAGAUA